GAGCUGUCGCCCGACGGCAAGUGGCUCGCGGUCGUCGAGGCGGAGGCGCUGCGCGUGGUGGACCUGAGCAGCGGCGAGGAGGCCUUCUCGCUGCCUCGGCCGAGCGUGCGUGCGCUCGCCUUCUCGCCGCGCGGGACGUACCUCCUGACGUGGGAGAAGCUCUCCGAAGGCGUCGCAGAGAACCUGCGGCUCUGGCGGACGGCGGACGGAGCCUUCGUGUGCGGCUGGGCGCAGAAGCUGCUCGGUGAGAAGUGGCAGUGGCCGGCGCUCCGCUGGGCGGCGGACGAGUCCUUCUUUGCGCGAGCCCUUCCUCGCCCUUCCCCAACCCGGCCGGCGCCCGCCUCCCCGCAGGUGCACUGCUUCGACGGCGCCGCCCCCUCGCAGACCGUCGCGCAGCGGCUGCGCGUGCCCGGCGUCUCAAACUUUGCCAUCGCGCCGGCGGGCUCGCCGCCGCUGGUCGCGACGUUUGUGCCGGAAGGGAAGGGCGCGCCGGCGACGGUGCGGCUCUGGCGGCACGGCGACUACGGCGAGGGCCGCUUCCUCGCCUCCAAGACCUUCUUCAAGGCGGGAGCCGGGCGGCGGAGAGGCCCGCGCCCCACCUCGGCGCCUGCGCUGCUGGUGCGGACGCACGUCGACGUCGACACGGGCGGCAAGUCGUACGACGGCGCCUCGGGCCUCAUGCACAUGGACGCGUCCGGCGACGCGUCUGUGAUGAGGCUGCCAAAGGAGGGCCCGAUCCACGACGUGCAGUGGGCGCCGAAGCUCGCGCGCGCUCCUCCCCCCCCCUCGCAGUCCUUGCUCCGAGGCGUUGCCCCCUCCCUGCAGGCGCCCGACUCGAGCGAGUUUCUGGCCUUGUUUGGCUUCUCGCCGCCGCGCGCGUGCCUCUUCUCCGGCGGCAAGGGCCACAAGGUGCUGCACGACUUUGGCGACGACGCGCGCAACACUGUCUGCUGGGCGCCGCACGGCCGCUCCUCGCUUCCGCGCACGAGCCGCUCCUUCAUUCUCGCCGGCUUCGGCAACCUGGGCGGCGAGCUCUCCUUUUGGGACCGAAAGACGCUCCGGUGCCUCUCGACAGUCGACGCCCACAUGACGGUCGCGUUCGAGUGGUCGCCCGACUCGCGCGCCUUCCUCACCGCCGUGCUGUGGCCGCGCCUCCGCGUCGAGAACGGCGUCAAGCUCUGGUCGCCCUCGGGC